AUAUCACAGUGCCGCUUCCGCACCUCAACAACAACAAAAAAGCUUGGAUACGACGCUAUGCAUUCUGGGACUUACAGUUUGUGCCACAUAUCAGUUUGUAAAAGGCAACUUUACCUCGUCUGAAUGACACAGAGCUGCAAACUAACUCCAGAGCCAGAGGUGUGUGCGUGUGGGUCUUCGCUUUGUACAUGUUCCCCCACAAGUUCUCGUCGGUAUUUGGAUUUUCUCAGAGGGAACGGAGUCGCGGUCAACGGACAUAAUUCAUUUUAAGAAACUUUGAGGGCUUCAUAGCCACUGCGGUAUCCUAGGUAGCUAAAACGAACCGUAGCAUAGGUUAGCUAACUAAGCUAACAACCGUAUCCCGGGUAGUUAGAAACUGGAAAUCUGUUCGCUUGCAGGUUUAUUUGACUCCAGAGAUUGUCACCGGCAAUGACAAAGUCCGAGUUGGUCUCGGUGACCAGCAUUUGGCACAGAGAGGGACGUUUAUGCGGCUUGUAACAGCUGCCACGAAGUACUGCAACAUGGGUAACAACGAGAAUAGUUUAAAUCAAGGGUUGAGUUCUUGGCAAUCGGUCGCUAAAUCGGAGGACACAUCACUUGAGGGGGGUUGCUUUCACGGACUUCACUGACCAACUCAAGGUUUCGAGGAUGCCCGAUCAUUUCCAUAGAGGGGAAGUAUAGAUGUUUUUAGCUUUAGGCGUCGUCGUCAUUUGCUAAGGAUGUCUGACUUGGAAAGUUCCAGUUCGUAUUUUGGCGUGGAGGACCCGCAGUGGCUUUGCAUGGUCACACUCUUCAUCGCAUCCCUUGUCACUCUGAUACUGUAUUUCGUACAGUAUUUUCAACAAGGAUGUGUGGGAAAUGUGCAGAGACCAGCUGAGGACAAUGCGGCUAAGGAGGAAGCGGACGCUCUGCUGGGAUGGGCGCUGUCACUGAAAAACUGGAAAAGUCAAUGGAGAGGAGUUUGGUGCAGAGCUUUGAAUGACGAAUCAAGGAAGUCUGGGGGUCCUGUUCUGCUGGCAUUUGAAGAGGAUGGUCUUCAGGCAUCUGAGCUGGUGGUCAACCAAGUGUCCAGCUUCCAGAAGUCUGCUGGGCACAAGACCACGUCCUGCAAGGUGGUUGGGGAAGAGCUUCGAUUCUCCGUCAACGCAGCACCAACAAACUCAUCCACAGCAGAACCAUGUAAAUACAUAGUGAGGAUAGCUCCACUGGAGUUGCAGCUUAACCUGCAGAUGCAAGAAGCAGAUGGUGAGGUCAAGGUGAGCUGGGCCGUCUCUCACCUGGAGACCUGGGACCUGCAGCUCACCCCCAGCUUUACCCAGGACAACGCCAAAGGCUGCAGUGUGACAGUGGUAAAGGAGAAGCUGAAGCAGCUGUUGUGUGCGGUGCAUCCCUGUCUUUUGCUGAGCUGCAGGCCCGCUCAGGCCACAGAGGUCAAGGAAGCCCGCAACAAAAUGAUGAUGUCCCCUCCAAAACCCCCCCGUGCUCACGACUGGAAGCUGCUGGUGAAGAACUUACGAGUGACGCUCAAUCAGGAGGAUGGUGCUGCAGGCAGCAUGAAUCCCCUGUGUGUGCUGAAGCUGGAUGACCCGCCUCAGAGGUUUUCCACUUCCGUCCUGAAGAACACAACCAGGCCUGCCUGGGACCAGCCCUUUAUUUUUGAGUUGAAUGGACUAUCAAAAGAGCUCAAUAUUCAGCUGCUGAAUGACGGGCAACCUCAAGAGUGUUCCUUACUAGGUCAGGUGUCUGUGCCUUUUGAUCUCGUAAAGAAGCAGCCCAAAGGACAACAAACAUUUGCACUCAUGACCAAAGACCUUGUGACUGGGUCACUGACUACUGAGUUUACCUACCUGGAGCCCAGUGAGGUGAGGUCCUGGCACCCACCCACCCCUGCCCCCACUAAGAAGGUGGAGAUGGAUCGUACAGUCAUGCCCUGUGGCACAGUGGUCACCACGAUCACUGCGGUGAAGAGCAAGCCAGGUCGACCGCUCCCCCUUGGACUCAACAUAGAUUCUUCCCAGAAGGCUGCAGCCAACAAGCCCAAGCUGUCAGAGCGGCGUGUUUCAGAGCAGGCAUCCAUGCUGGGGGCCACAGUCAGCAAGGCUUUGUCCUCCUCCGACACCGAGCUGCUAAUGCUCAAUGGCACCGACCCCGUGGCCGAGGCCGCCAUCCGACAGCUUCACCAGUCUGCUAAGCAAAAGCUAAAGUCACCAGUGAAAAAAAGCACCAUCAUCAUAUCGGGCAUAGCCAAGACCCCUUUGUCUCAGGAUGAUGAGCUCGCUAUGAUGGCUGACUACGCUGCAGCAAUGGACGCAUCCAUGUCAGAGGGCAGCUCCACUCAGGAUGUGACCACAGCGAUUGCAACGGGGGCCAGUAGCCCACCAGAGGCAUCGGACCCCCAGGAAGGCCCCAGUGGAAUUGGCCGGCCCCCUGAGGACUGGGAGAGCCACACAGGAGAGGAGCUGGACCAUGCCUCUUUAUCUAUGUGUGUGUCUGAGGCCAGCUGCAAGAAGAGCAAAGAAGAAAUCAGUGCUAAGCAGACAUUAUGUCCGGAUGAGCAGCUUCCUCCAGAAGAGUGCCAAGCUGUUCUUCCGGCGGCGGCACCAGCGCAAGGACCCGGGGAUGAGCCAGUCCCACAACGACCUGGUUUACCUGGAGCCUCCGACAGCAGUGGACCGGGCCAGCCGGACAGCCACACUCAGCCGGAUGCUCAACCGCAAGCUUCUGCCCAAGCAUAAGAGCAAAGCUAACGGCUCUACCUCCAUUGGGGAGCCACAUGCGUGAUGCCCCGUCCCACCUCAGUCGCUCCCACAGCAACAACUACCAUCAUAACUUCCAGCUACUCAAAUUUGGCACUGGCAAGCUAACCCCACCACCACCUCCACCACCCCAAAGCCAGACCUGCUUACCAGGUCUCCUACCUUGUGAAAGGGAAACCUCCCUUACUACCCUUUCUCCUGCUUAAGUACUCUACUUAUAGGAAGCGGACUUAUUGCACCAAAUGUGAGCAAGUGUGUGUGGACAGUGCUAUCCUGAGAAAAUUUCUUCACAUUCAUGCCAUUUCAGAGGAUGUUAUUUUAUUAUGCAUGUUUCUUUUAUUUGACUUUAUGCAACAUUUUGAAAUCUUUUAGUGUUUCUGUGGCCUUAACCACAGAAAUGACUAGCGCGGGCUGUCACCCUUUACCCUACUAAUACUGAGGGUAAUCUAUUUCUGAGGUUUCCUAUGGUGGCCCGACAGGGACCAAAGAUGAACAGAAGAGUGGUGUUGGUAUGAUUUGCACAUUUAUGAAAUGAACUGAACUUGAAUUACCGUGCAAUGACGAGAGCUACUCUUGCGAUAGAGGUUAAGUAAAAAAAAAAAAAAUACAGCUUGUGCAGUUAUGAUUUGUGUUUAAGUGAUUCACAAAAGGGAGAUGGCCUUUUUCACUGCAAGACUGAUGCAAGUGGGAGAUAAUAAAAUUACUCUUUGACACUAAUAUUAUUGUGAUUUUGAAGAAAUAUGGUAUUUAUAUCAAACAUCCAACAUUUUCCCCCCAUCAUUUAAUUCCUAAAAGAUUCAUACAAAGACUAGUUCAAAGUCAGAUAUAAUGUAGAUAGUAGAAGAAAACAAAAACAGCCAUCCAGAAAAUUCCCUGCCUCAUGUGUAACAAAGAUAUCUAAAUCCGCCAUUACCAAUUAAUCAAUUGUGAUUGGCUAUAGCAGUUUAUUUGUUCCAUGCAACAUCACCGAUUUAAAACGAAAGGAAAAAAAAAAGUGAAUAGCUUUACACCCUGCAGUGACACUGAGGCUAAUAUGAACAUUUCACCAUGUAUGAUAUUUUUUUUUUUAAUGUUUACUCCUUUUUGCAGUGUUUCUAAAUGAUAUGCAACUUUUUUCUCCUCUUUGUCCUCCUGUAAGAUUCCUCAUCUACACUACUGUUAUCAAGAGGGGCUAACGUGUCAAAAGGGAACUGAGUGAACCUUUGUGCAGGGACUGUGACAUUACCCCAGGCCAUACUUGUUACAGUGCUCGCUAAUGAAACUUACUUCACUCCAUCAUUUCAGCUAAAAGAAAUCCUCAUUCUUUCUUUGAAUGUUUUAUGGUAGCAAUGAACACCUGAACAAAAAAAAAAGUGUGAACAUGAACACCUUUGGGAACAGUUGGUUUGACUGCUUUUAUUUUUACCCAGCUAAUGAUUGUAUUAUUUUUUUGAAAGCAGCUUGUUUAAGAAGUGUUUCUGUGCAUCUUGUUCACUACUGUUUUCUUUUUCUUUUUUUCCUCUUUCUUUCCAAUGAGAAUUAGGAAAUUCUGCAAUAGCAGGACGGGUGAUGCAGUACACUGAGGAAAAACCUAACAGAUUGCCUUAUGGUUAUUUUGAGGAUGGUGUCAGGGUGGUCUUGUACUUGGGCCAGAUGUGGUUCCUUGAUAUGACUUGUGGUCCCAAGGCAGCACUGCUUUUUUCCUACCAUCAGUCUAUGUUUUGGACUUGAGGACUGAAGGAAGGUAGCAAAAGGUUCAACUCCGUCAAUGAGACGAGAGUCAUCGAGUUCCUUCACCAUCAGCAGUUUCUAUAAUGAAGAAGCCUAGGUGCAAACAUAUCUGUGAACUGAGUGAUUACAUUAGGCUGAGAUUUUUUUUCGUGCAUGCUGUCCAUGUGUUAAAUUUGGCCUGUGGUGGUCAUGGUCAGGUAUAUAGCAGGGCUGUGAGCCUGGCCCAUCACCUCCUCUUAUUGGCAUAGAGGGUGUGACUGCACUCUGUUUUAGGAAAUAUUCAAAGCCCAGUCAGGCUGGAAAAAAAAUACUGAAAACAUUGACAACAGAAACAUCUUUAAACCUCGGGUGGAUUCAAAUGGGCGGAUUUCAUUAUAUCAUAGAGUGUCACAGCCCUUGUUGAUGGCAGCCUGCAAGCACUGGCUAUCAUUACAAAUUCAGUAAGCAGUGAGCCUGUAUGUGAUUAAUAAACUGCUUCCUGAUGUUUAUUUUUUUGUUUGUUUGUUCGUUUGUUUUUUAAUAGGCAUCUGCUCUGUACACAGAAACCUACUGCUGAUGCAGAAUGUCAAGUCAUUUCCCUGCAGGGAUUGUUACUAAUAAACAUAUCAGGUUAUUUCAUUUCCAGCAAUAAAUAUUGUUUGAAUUACUGA